AUGGGCUGUAAAAGGCACUACAAAUAUCAACCUCUUACAUCCUAUCUACAACGGAUCAACAAACUCCAGAGUGCAUCACAGAUUUUACUCGAGUCAGGCCAGCACAUGACUACUAGUACUGCUACCACCAGAACACCGAGUCCUGUUCACCACGAUGAUUUCCUGAUGGACUUCGAGGUGGAAGGGCAGGAUCACUCAAACGUCUACUAUGAGGGUAUUGUGCCUGUGAACUUGGAGAAUGACCUUCCGGGGUCUAUUGAAGAGUCCUGGGGUGAUCAAGUAUCGGAGAAGCCUUAUGUUGAGCACUUUGAAGGUGCUGCAAAGGUAUAUCAGUGUGGCCAGACCUUCCAGGAUAGAUUCAACAUGGAUCCAUAUUCCCAUUAUCGCAAGGACAAUCUGUACUAUCCAUUUGCAUCCCUCCAGGACUGGGAGCUCGGAAAGUUUCUCUUGUGCUCAUCCCUAAGUAUGGCAGCCAUAGAUCAAUUUCUGGGGCUGGAACUGAUCAAAUCAUUACCUCUCUCCUUUUUCACAGCGAAGGAGCUACAUGGUCGUGCCGAGCUUCUGCCUUCUGUUCCGAAGUGGCAGUACUGCAUCAUCUCGACGACUCAUCCAACAAAACAACCAGUCUGUCUUUACUGGCAUGAUCCACUGGAUUGCAUCAAAUCGCUUUUUAGCCACCUGCAUUUUUCCAAUGAAAUUGAUUUUACACCUACACGUGUAUACAACAUGAUGGAACCAUGGUCGAUGCAGUCACAACUUCCAGAGGGCGCGACAUUGCUGGGUGUCAUACUUUCUUCGGACAAAACCAACAUCACAAAUAUGACUGGUGGGCGCGUUGCCCAUCCGCUUCUUAUCAGCCUUGCCAAUAUCAAGAUGGCGACUCGAAACAAAGCAUCCUCCCAUGCUUUCCUUCUCACCGCACUGCUUCCGAUUGCUGAGUUUUUGCAUCCGGUGAAGUGGUUGCAGAGUGUCCUGGAAGCCCGCUUGGUCCACCAAUGUCUGGACGUCAUUCUUGAGCCGCUCAAGCAAGCUGCAUGUAUCAGGCGAAUGAUGUCAGACCCGCUUGCCAGCAUUGAAUGUGAUCCCCAAGAUGUCGAGGCUUACUUCACUGCAUGUGCCCCCUUCCACCUCAGUGGCGUCGCCCAUCCACCUUGCUUUCUAACUCCUGAGGCUCUGCACCACUGGCAUCCUGUUGGCGCACAGGAAUUGGACUUUCACUUCUUCGAUGUCACUGGAAGAGCGCAGCGGGAUCUGCAGCAUUAUAUUGUUGCCCUCAUUGCUGAUGCAGCUCCUCCUGGCAUUGUCAUAGCUGUUCGGGCGCUCAUGGAUUUUUGGUACUUAUCACAAGCAACAAUUCUUAACACUCUCCAGGAAUUUCAUGACCACAAGCAAGACAUCAUUGCAUGUGGGGCGCAUCUAGGCGCCAAGAGCAAAAAUGUUCUCGACAACUGGCAUAUUCCUAAACUGGACAUUCGUCAAGUCGGUUCCCUCUUGCAGUGGUCUGCCAAUACCACCGAGCACGCUCACAUCACCCUGAUCAAGGAUCCUGCCGACUCCACCAACAACAACAACAUUGAUGCUCAAAUAUGCCGUUUUCAGACUACGACAUCACUCAUCGCUCAACUGUCUCAGUCUUCAAGUUCUCUAGUGAUGGACAAUGGUUCGGGGUCAGACGACAAAGAUGCAGAUGUUGAUGAGGCAGAUCCACAGGCCGCAGUUACCGAUCAUCUCUGGGGGUCGAAACGUCCUGUCACUAAUUUCUUCAAGAAGGCAAAACAAGUCUUUUCGAACAUAAAAGCGACAAGACCUCUCCGGACAUUUGUUGUUGGUAGUACAGCAAUUCACCUCAACUUCGAUCCUUCCUUACGGCGCAUACCGGUUGAUGUUUUUGCCGAAAUUUUUUCUUUGCCUGACUUACGGGGAGCACUUGCUGACUACGUUCAAUGGGAAGGUCACAAUCGCACAUCUCAGAGCUUUCACAAGCUGGAGGAGCAGCGCCGUGCAGCACCCAAUGCAUCUCUGCCAUUUAAUGAUCUUAUGGUCUGGUUCAAAGUAUGGGUGCAGCAGGCAUCAUACUACAACCAAUCAGCUACUCCUCCUGCUCUCACUAUCAACGCAUCUCCUCUGAGCACAACUAAAAAGUAUGGUCACUAUGAUGCUGCUAUAUUCGCUGUCGAUGACACCGAAGUUGAACAAUGGCCAGUUAGUGGACUUAAAGGCCACACUGUUGUUGAGGUGCGCCUUAUUAUGCAACCGCUUCCUCCACGAGGAAAGACUAUUCCUUGGGCUGGGCGUCUUCUCACUUACGUCCAAUGCCUGGAUGUCGUAACUCAGCGACGCGGAAGUGUAUUGGAACGCACUAUGCAAAUGCAUGUUUUAAAAUGUGCAAUGCGAUCAGCAGGGGUCCCCUUCGGUGACAUCCUCCCACUGGAUCAACUUCGUUCUUUUGCCCAUAUUGUCCCCUGGUUCGGUCAUAUUGCUGAUGUUCAUCUAACAGCGCAAAAUAGCGCUCACUCUGCUUGUGUUUUCUUCUUGAACAAAUACAUUGAUAAAGAGUUUUAUUAUGCAAUAUCAAACUCAUACUAG